ACAAGUUCUAAAGGGAUUCAUCUGGAUUUGUGUGGGGGUGGUCAUGGGGUGGACUGACGUGAGGAUUUCGUUGAUUUGGCAACUGCUUCUAAUUGAGACAUGGGCUGCACUUCAUCAUGGAGUCCUUGCAAGCCCAUACCUUCAAAAAUAUGGCAUUCAGGAUGGAGGUAUAUCAUUUAGUGGUGAUUCUGGACUACACACACUGUCAAGAUAUCCCAAACAUGGCCAGCAAUUCAAAAGCCAACUUGCUCCGACCAGCCAUCAAUAUACGUCCAGCAAAGGUUUCGACAGUGAACAGUUGAAGAGGUCUUCAGGUAACUACGGGACAGCCCUGUAUAGGUUUCCAACAUCUCAACAUCCUUCCGGAUACCUUAAACCUUCAAAAACUUCACCGAAGGAGAGCAAUCCCCAGGGUUCCAGUAAAGGUCUGAAAAACUUCUUUGCUCCUGAACGUGGACUGUUAAGAAGUGAACCUGGUGGCUUUACCCAAAAUGCACCAGCCAGUCUGUACACCGGCCACCCAGCAGAGAAUGAGGUGAACAUUCCCACUGUGUAUACUGUUCCUUACUAUACCAUAAAUGGCAAGCGUCCUGGUAGGUUCGGUAGUAGCCCUGUGGAUCAGCAACCAGCACAGCGCAUUACUGCCUACAUUUCACCUAAUGCUAUUACUGAAAUGACUCCACAUGCUGGAUACUUCAAGCACAGAUUUUCAAAUGCUAUUCAACAGCCUGAUGUCCCUUCACAAGGACUUGUGUACAGCGAUGGUCUCCCUGGUGAGAAUGCCAUCUCUUUGUCUUCAGAUGGGCAGGGACCACAAUUUGAGUCUGGCUUAAGUCAGAUGGCAUCCAGUCAGCCUAGUGGUAGUGGAUAUGAACAUUCUUACACUCCGCAUUCCAUGGCGGAACAAGUAGCAAACGCAAACAUGCAGACUUUUAUGGAAACCCCAAACACAAGACCUACUCCAAGCUUCAGUGCACCCAGGCUAAUUAGUGUUGAAAACGAGGCAACUGGUGAAGGCCAAGCCACCAAGGAGCUUCAGCCACAGCCACCUGGGCCAUCACAGCCUUCACAGACUGUGGAAUCCAUUGUUUCCAGCCCUUCCAUUGCAAACAAUGGUGAUUCAAGCGGAAUUGGCACAGGAGAGAAGAACACCCAGCCCCAAUCUCCGUCUUCUAGGAGAAGAUUCCACGCCACAGCUGAUGGAAAAGAGUUGAAGUUCAAGACAAAAAAGCGUUACCUUGUCAGAGCGUUUAAUCAGUACGAGCACGGCAGGAUCUACCAAUCCCAUGGCAGCAAUGACCCAAAAGAAUUCCCCAUUCCUGGUGACUCACUGAAGAUUGAAAUCCAUGAUUCUGAAGACCCUGGAAACAAGCAAUGAUUACGAAAGUAAACCGUGACCACCAAGGAUACUGUAAUGGCUUUUUUUUUACUGAAGAAUGCUUGAUUCUAAUGAAAUAAAUCCUGCUUUAACUCUC